AUGUCGGACGAACUUCCGCUUAUUAAAUAUGCUCGUCGUGGACAGAUUUACUCAUCAAAAACUGUGUCUUGGUGUGGAACAUGCUUUACAGGGAAAUAUUGGCCAGCUUUAAUAGCCGUUGAGUAUUUAUUGUUAUAUGCGGAGGAUUUCACGCUGGAUGGGAGUAACCUACCACUUUUAACUCAAAAAGGUCAUUAUUAUUUUCCAAUAUUAUUUUCUAUUCUCUUUUUCUUUACAAUAACAAAUUAUCUAUUUGCUGCCUUACAUGAUCCCGGCGUAGUACCAAAACCUAAUGCUGAAGAAUGUUUACAAAUAGAGAAAGAACACAAUAUUCAAACAGAUGUAAAUGGACAAUAUUUUCCCUCUAUGCCUCCACCAGUGGAGGUUUUAAUUCGAGGUGCUACAUACAAAUUGACUUACUGUUAUACAUGUAGAAUGUAUCGUUUACCACGAGUAUCACAUUGUUCAACAUGUAACACAUGCGUUCAAAAUUUUGAUCACCAUUGCGGUUGUGCUACUGCAGCCUAUUUUCGUUGGGAUACAUAUAAAGAUAAUAUUAGUCUAUUUAUUGCUUAUAAUAUACCGACAUUUUUUGUUGCCAUGGUUGCAUUUUCACUCGUAUUUACAUUAGGCUCAUUUUGGUGUUAUCAUUGUGGUCUGGCCAUGAAAAAUGCAACAACACGUGAAGAUAUGAAACAUUUAAGAAAUGAUGCUACUUUAUUUGGUCACGAAAGUGCUAUGAAAAAUUUGGGACUCAAUUGGUGUGGGCCACUAAGACCUCCUAUAAAUUGGAGUCAACGAAUUCCAUCAGAUUAUUAUAUAGAACAAGAAAAUAUAUACAAACAAAUACGUCCUAGACUACUCAAACAUACAAUGGUAAUGCCUACAAAUCAAAUAAAACAGUCUGUAAUAAAUCUCUCAAUAGAUCAAUAUAAACAGUUACGAUUUCAAUUAGAGACAUUUCACGAACAAUUGAAUCAUACAAAUACAUCAACGUCAGAGUUAAAUAAUAAUCAUUUACAAACCUAUACAUUUAAGAUUUUAAAUAUUAAUUCGAAUCAAUUGAAUGUUUCUUAUUUAUAUAUUGAAGAUGUACGACAAAAUACUAUCGGCACAUUUUGGGAAACAAUUUGGAAUCGUUUCAUUUCAACAAUUGUCAUGAUAUAUGAUUUAGAUGAAAAUACACAAUUUAUUCAAUAUUGGCCAAAUGAUAUAAAUUCUCCAAUGAAAGUUGGAAAAUAUCAAAUUAAUUUUGUACGAUCGAUCAAACGUUUAGAUGUUGAUACAACAUAUAUGAGUAUUUCUGAGAUGGAUCAGUUGAGUUCAACAAUACGAUUUAUUGAACAUCAUAUAAUCAAAAGAUGGACAUCGUCAACAUUUGACACUGAUCCGACUGCUAUUUUGAAAUUACAAUUUCUCGUUGAAUAUAAAGAAAAAAUUGAAAAAGAAUCAAAUUCAAUUUCAGAAAUGAUUGCUAUACAACAAUGCGGUCAUGAUAAAAAUCGUCCAUUUGCAUUUAUGGUUAUUGAUAUUAAUCGUCGUUUGAGUUCAUAUUAUCACUAUGUUGAUGUUCCACAAACAAUUUAUUGUUUACAACAACAAUUAUCCAAUUUUAGUCUAAAUAUGCAAACGUUAAUGAUUAUUUAUCGUGUUCUUGUUUAUUUAUCUAUUUGGAAUUUUUUACCUGAUCUUACUAAUUAUCAAACAGUUGAUCGAUAUAUCAAAAGACUUUUACAUAAUAAAUUUGAACUAUUUUAUUCAACAAGAUUAGAAGAACAAUUUAAAAUUUUUUCAUCACAUAAACUACGAGAAUUAGAUGCUGUUUUGUCAAUAGAAUCAAAAAAUGAGACAAUAAUACAAGUCAGAGAAGCAAGUUCAGCCUAUGCGAUCGAUGGUUAUAUAUAUUCAAAAGCAUUUAUGAUAAUGAAUGGACGUGGACGAGAUAUUAUUUCAAAAGCCAUUUCAACAUAUAAUAUUCGUCAUUUUUUUUUAAUGCAACACAGUAGUAAUAAAGAUAUGGAUUUGAUUAAAUACGAAAAUUUACAAUUAGAUGAAAGUGAACAAAUUUCAUCUGAUUUUCGACGAUAUAAAAAUGAUAAACAAAAUCCAACAUAUAUUUAUCAACCAUUUAACGAUCCAAGACAUAUUUCAUUGUAUAAAGUAGCUAAAAUUCUUGUAUUAUUUGAACAAAAAUCUGAAAUACCUAUAUUAAUUUAUAUUGAUGAUAUUAUUGAUGGUGCUAUAAUAUGUCUUUUAGCAAAUCUUAUGCAGCAAGUUCAAAAUGAUCAUCUAUGUGAUAUUGACUAUCAUAUUAAAAAAAUUUCUUCACAAUGUUCAGCUUUUCUCACACGUGCUCAAUAUGUUCGUUUCUAUGAAUGUAUUGAAGAAUGGACUACAUCCGAAUUAAAUCGAAGUGUUUAA